GUGUGGCCGUGCUGUCUGGUGCUGGCCAUGCCUGCUACUUGGACAAGCCAGAGGACUUCCACCGAGCCCUGCUGGGCUUCCUGCGCCAGCUGAACUCUUUCCCCAGAGCUCUGCAGCCCUGCUCCCAGACAUGGCACCUGGGAAGCCUGGGAAGAGCACAGGGGCCUCAGAGAACCCCUCGGUUACACUUUUCCGGGAGUACCUGAGGAUUGACACUGUCCACCCUAAACCUGACUAUGAUGCGGCUGUCCAGUUUCUGGAACGUGUUGGCACCGACCUGGGCUUGGCCUGCCAAAAAGUGGAGGUGUGCCAGGGCCGUGUGGUGCUGAUCCUGACCUGGCAGGGCACGAACCCUCGCCUGCGCUCCAUCCUUCUCAACUCCCACACUGACGUUGUGCCUGUCUUUGAGGAGCACUGGACCUACCCCCCCUUUGAGGCAGUUAAAGACUCGCAAGGCAACAUCUAUGCCCGGGGUGCCCAGGAUAUGAAGUGCGUCUCCAUCCAGUACCUUGAGGCCAUCCGGAGGCUGAAGACAGAAGGGAAGUCUUUUGCCCGCACCAUCCACCUCACCUUUGUGCCUGAUGAAGAGGUGGGCGGACACAAGGGCAUGGAGAUGUUCGUGCAGCGCCCUGAGUUUAAAGCUCUCAACGUGGGCUUUGCCAUGGAUGAGGGCCUGGCCAGCCCAUCUGACACCUUCAGUGUCUUCUAUGGUGAGAGGAGCCCAUGGUGGAUAAAGGUGAAGUGCACAGGUAGCCCUGGGCAUGGGUCCCGCUUCAUCAGCAACACGGCGGCUGAGAAGAUGCACAAAGUCAUCAACUCCUUCCUGGCCUUCAGGGAAAGCGAGAAGCAGAGGCUCAAGUCCGACUCAAACCUGACCCUGGGGGAUGUCACCACUCUCAACAUGACCAUGCUGGAGGGGGGUGUCUCCUUCAACGUGGUGCCCUCCGAGAUGGCUGUUGGCUUUGACAUCCGCAUCCCACCCACCAUGGACCUGAAGGCCUUCGAGAAACAGGUGACCACGUGGUGCCGCGAUGCUGGGGAAGGUGUUACCUGUGAGUUCCACCAGAAAUGCAUGGACCAACACAUCACCUCCACUGAGGAGUCAGACCCAUGGUGGAAGGCCUUCAGUGGGGUCUGUAGGGACAUGAAGCUGCAGCUCAAGCUCGAGAUUUUCCCGGCUGCCACCGACAGCCGCUACAUCCGAGCGGCAGGACACCCUGCUAUUGGCUUUUCACCCAUGAACCGCACACCGGUGCUGCUCCAUGACCACAAUGAGUUCCUGAACGAGCAAAUCUUCCUGCGGGGCAUCGAGAUCUAUGCCCGCCUCCUGACUGCCCUGGCCUCAGUGCCCCCGCUGCCCGCCGAGGGCUGAGUGCCUGGCAAGGGGCAGGGAGUGCCAAGCAGAGAGACCCAAGGCUUUAAAAAGAGGGGCAGGGACUCUGGGCACAGCAAAUACCUGCUACGGUGCUGGGAUGUAGAUGGCAUCAUGCCAUGUUGGCUAUGUUCAGGGAUGGCCUGAUGGUGACACCUAUGGGGUUGUGUUUUCCUUGGUCAGGUGCCAGUAGAGCCUCGUGCCCAGGUGUCUCCAGCCUUUCUUGGUGUUGUCAGUGCCUCCCCCUCUCCCUGUGCCAUCUCUGGCUUCACUGGCUGGGUGGUGAGGGGCUGGCCAGUGCCCCACUCUGCCUCCCCAUGCCUUGUCCUGCCUCCCUGCCCACUUGCUGGGGGAGCUGGGGCCAGUGCUGCCCACUCUCCCUAUCAAUAAAUCUCCUUGGUAAGCACA